UUACCAAAAAUUUGAUAUGUUCUAUAUUUUCACCCCACGCUGUAAAUAAAACAUCCUACCAGCUGCUUGCACAACCGGAUUUAGAAAACUACACUACAGCUCGAUCGAUUCCGAAAUUCCGAUUGUCUUUUUCUCCUCUCUCUUAUCCGGGCCUCGUAUCCCUUCUGUUCUACCACAGAAAUACCAAAAUGGCCAAGCGCACCAAGAAGGUUGGAAUCACCGGUAAAUAUGGAACUCGUUAUGGUGCAUCUCUGCGUAAGAUGGUCAAAAAGAUGGAAAUCACACAGCAUUCCAAGUACACCUGUUCAUUUUGUGGAAAGGAAGCCAUGAAGAGGAGUUGUGUUGGCAUCUGGAACUGCAAGAGGUGCAAGAGGACUGUAGCAGGCGGAGCCUGGGUUUACUCUACCACAGCCGCUACCUCUGUCAGAUCAGCUGUGAAACGUCUGCGUGAAGUCAACGACUUGUAAAUGUUUCAUUUUAUUAAUAAAAUAUAAAAAAUGUU